AACAGUGCGAAGUUUGCAAAUACAUUUGACUUAUCGUUGGUCAAAUAAUUUAACAUAAUUUUUGUUAAUGAGUUUUUAUUUAAUUUUUGAAUUUAUAAAUCAUGUGAUAGUAAAACAUUUAUUGUACAAAUAUACGUCGCGACGCGUCGUGUGAAAUACACUAUCCACGCUGCGGUUACUUUGUGAAACCAACAUAAAAAAAUUUUGUUUACUAUCACAAUUAAAAGUGCAAGUUGAACAUAAAAAAAUCAUGUUUUUUUCAAAGUUUAUUAGUAAAUAUUUGCUGUGCUUGUGUUUUUAUUAAUGUGUUACAAUAAAAAUAUUCCGUAGUUGUGGAAAACUAAUUCUUUUACGUGGAGAAUCAUAUCAUAUUAUUUCAAAUACAUGCGUGGUAUUAAAGGAAGGAUCGAAAAGUCUCAGAAUAUACUUAAACACAAUACUUGGAUAAACUGCAAAAUGCCAAAACGUGCACCAGGUUUGCCCCUUAUAGAACCAAACUGUUUAGAAUCUUGGUCUCGAGAAAAGUGGAGUUUUACGCAUUCUGUGAAAACAUUUAUGGGUCCGGUAUUUGAUCAACGAUGGGAAGACUUUGACGAAGACGACCAACAGGAAAGGUUUUUCUAUUGGAAAGGUUUUUCAAAGGCAGGUGCGACGUCUAUUUCAAUUCGUUCACGGCAGGACAUACAGAUUUUUAUCUGUCCCAUAGAUAAGAUCAGAGAAUGGUCUACCGCUGAAAAUGUGUGGAAAAAUUGCUUUCGGAUAAUAUUAAAAUACAAGACAAACUCCAUCAUUGGUUUCUGCAAAUUUGUUUCUAUUCAAAUGUUUCGUGUUCAUGAUAGAUGGAAUGUUAAGUUUCUCAAACCAAGUUGCUCUUCUUCCAUCAGAACUUGCGAAAGAUGCUUGUCAUUAUCUGCGACUGAAUGGCGAACGUUCGUCAUUUCAUGGGAUUUCUGGAAAAAAAAUAUUUCUGUUUAUGGUACUAAUAACGAAAUGCUUACAUUUGAAGCAGAACAGUUUGACUUAACUUCAGAAAAAAAGGUUGUCUUAUUUUCUUUUCCUACAUCAAAUUAUUACAAACGUCAAACAGUGUUGUAUCGCUUGCAUUACUACUCUUUCCUGUAUACAGUUGAUAAGAAUGCAGUUUUAACGACUAGUUAUUAUAUACCUAAUACUCAGAAGAUAUGCAUACAAUUAUUAUUAGGCUUAUGUGCAGAAUGUGAUGCAGACGUUGCGAUGAUUGAUUCCAAAAGAUUAAAAAUAUUACAAUCUGUAACAGCUACAGGCUCAUUAAAUGCUGCGAUUCAUGGCUUACCUAUGUGGCAACUCGUUAAAUUUGAUGGAUANUUUUCAAUAGACACUAUUGGUGCGGUAAAAAUCCGCGUAAUACCCAAACUCACGAAGUUUACUGACAAUCCGUUGUGGGCAAUAGCUGAUCUUCGUGAAUGUCCCAAUAAAGAAGUUUUGAGAAAAACAGUUCUUACACAACAAUACUAUGAUUUUAUUCCGUGGCUGAAUGUAACAUGCCAAAAAUUACUUUUCAACGAAAAUACCGUCGUAAGUUCUCUGUCGACAGCAACAAAUAGUAUGGAUCUAGAUGAUAAAAUUUGUCAUGGGGGAACUAUUGGGCCAGAAUGUUUCUUUUCCUGCAAACAUGAUCUGAACAGUACCUUUAAUUGCAGAGGAACUGCAAUUUGUUACACCACUGGUUGCUUAUGUUCUUCAGGAUUUCAAGGCGAUACAUGUACUAAUGUAUGUACCGAGAACUCGUAUGGAUAUAAUUGUAUAAAAAAAUGUGGAUUUUGUAAACCUACUGACACUCUUAUAUGUGACAGAGUAACUGGAGAAUGUAUAAGCGGAUGUAAUGAUACCUCAGAAUUAAAAUACGUGCCACCUUUGUGUCAUAUAGGCAUAAGAAAGCUCACAGUACCUGAAAUUGUUUCCGUUACUUUAACAAGCAUUCGUACUAAACUUCCUAUAGUAUGGAAAGAAGAAUACGAACAAAUAACGAUAAAGUAUUUCUUCACUCUUACGGGAGAAAAUAAUUACACUUCUACACAAUCAUGGAAUAGACUGUUACAAAAUAUGACACAUUUGAUAGGAUAUUUUACUCAUUUAAAUCCUGGUUCUGUUUAUUCAGUUAAAUGCACAUUACUUGCAGAAAAUGUAAUAAUGGAAAGCAACUGGCAAACUGUAAAAACUGAUUGCGAACGAAUUGUUUCAGAUUCAAUGGCUUACGAAUUGUGGUUACUUCCAAUAUUAUUGUUUAUCAUAAUUGCUACUGGUAUUUUUUAUAUGUAUCGAAGAAGAAGACGUCAAGUGGUGAAACAGAUAAUGGUGCAAAACGAGAUGGAAAUGUGGCAAAAUACUGAGAAAACAACUGUUAAACUUUUCAGUACUUAGUAAUACUUAGAUUGUCAGUAAUAUUAAGAAUAGUAACAAAGUUUUACUGAUUUAUCCAUGACAAUUAAAAUAAAAACAAAAUUAACUCCUGGCUAAUAUUCUUGGUAUCAUAUGUCAUCUUAAAAAGUUAUGUGGGGUGUGCUAUAAACAAUAUUUAUUCAAAACAUUUUUAUAAUAUAUUGUAAUAAAUAUAUACGGCUCCUACAAAAUAAA